AUGGUUUUUGUUUUUUGUCUGUUUCAGCUCUUGAAAGCGGUUAAUUUAGCGACAAACCCAAGUUUUGAAAGUGCAAAUUCAUCUUCCAAUACGCAUCCAAGUGGUUGGUUUUUCGAUUCCACAUCAUCUUCUUUUUGGUCUCUUGACACUUCAACAUUUCAGGCUGGGACCAAGUCUCUCAAAUACACAGACUGGGACGCUGACAAAUCCCCAAUGACUUAUCAAAAUUUAACAGGAAAAAUCUACCCAGGAGUGAGGUACACUGUGAAGGCUUAUAUUAAGACGAGUGGAAUAACUGGUGGUGCAGAGGUGGGAUUUUGUUGGGUAGAGAAGGGACAUACCAAGUGGUUUGGAGGGUACCAUAUUGGGUUUGUAAAAAACACUGAAGACUGGAAAUUGUAUAGUGGAACAAGUGUCCCCGUUCCAGACGGGUAUGACUACCAAGUAAGACUCGUGAUAAAAAAUGGUGAUGCGGAAGGGGUUGCUUGGUUUGAUGCCAUUACUGUCGAGCCAUACACUGAUUUUCUUAAACGAAUUGAGGUACAUAAAUACCGGCAAGAGGUUGCAAAUGAAAAAGUUGAUUUGAUAUCACAAAUCGACUUAGAAGGUACAAGGUUCAGUUUAUCCGACUUCACAAUGACUGUGAAAUUGAAAGACGCCACGGGCACUGUCCAAUAUACAACAACACAGAUCAAAAAGGGGGACGGUGAUGACAUUUAUUAUCACACAGAACUCGACUGUACCAAGCUAUCAGUUGGAUGGUAUACAGUCGAAGCAACUUUAGAAAAUGGGUUUUUGAAAAGCUCGCAAACUGCAAAAACGGAAUUCCAUAGAAUUGAAUACCAGCCAAAGAGAAAUUCGUUUAUAGACGAAUACAAUCGAAUGAUCGUAAAUGGUGAGCCUAUUUUUCCUAUUGGAUCAGCUCUUGACAACAUGUUUGAAGAGGAUGUCAAUAUAUAUUUACAAGAUGAUGCACCAUUUAAUUUUGCACUUAUAUAUGUGAGACAGACGGACGAGAAGUUGGAGCAGAUCAAGCAAUGGAGUAACGGGAGAAUCAAAGUAAUGCAAAACGUGAUAAACGAAUAUGGUAUCACUUGUAAAGACAAAGACGGUAACGAUGUUAGUACUCAUGCUGGUGUAAAUUCAUGUGCGAGUUGCUCGAUCAGUAGCCAAAAUUUGGCCAAUAACACAAAUUGGUUAGCUGGAGUUGUCAAUGCGCAGAAGGACAAUGACAUGAUCUUUAAUUGGUACAUCAAUGAAGAAACGUGCAAGUAUGUUGCAGAUAUUCUUAAGACGUACACACGUAAGAUCAGAGAAAUAGACCCUAACCACCCGAUAUACACAAUGCUUAAAGAACCAUGGGUCACUGAUUAUUCUAGACCAUCAUUCGAUGUGGUUGGAUCGGAUCCAUUCCCUAUACCAACAUAUGCCAUCGAAAUCACAGAAGAUUGGGCAGCAUAUGAUCGUAACGAAACAUUGGAUGCAAGAGGUCAUUGGCUCGCGACACAGACCAGUCCAUGGACGUGCUAUGGUGGGAGUGGAGGAAUGCCAUCAUACGAACAAAUGAAAAACAUGGCAUGGACGGGAAUUGUCAGUGGCGCCAAAGGACUUUUGUUUGUUCAAUAUAGGUGUUUAAAAAUCAAGAAUCUUCUGAAGGAGUGGUGGCCACAGGUUGUGAAGUUUUCAAAAGAGAUAUACAACUUGAGACACAUCAUAUUAUCAAUAGACACUCCACCAACUUACAAGUUGCCAUACGACAAGUACGUGAAAGCACGAAAGUGGAGGGAUGGCGACACAACAUAUUUGCUGAUAGUCAGCAUGAAGAGCGAAAUGGCUGGGUUCAAGUUUACUGUGUCUGACGAUGUGCUUGUGAAAAAAACAAAAGCACUUUUGGGUGACUCGAAAAUUGAACGAGAUGGUUACGACUUCACAAUAAAAAUGGAACCAUUAGGAGUAUUAAUGAUUAGGUUUGGAGACGCUGCAAAUAUGUAUGCACUAUUUCUUGCGCUAUUUAUAGUUGCUCUGGUUUAA